UGCGAACAGGAGCUUGCGAAUAACGAAGGACUCACAUGUCCGAAGCAACGAAUUCCUUCACAGCCUUGUGUCAAAAAGUCGCGGACGCGCCAUCAUGGCAGCAGCAGUAACGGAGAAGCCAACAGUGGCGAAGAAGCCCGGUAUCUUUGAGAAAAGAGAUGUCCGCCCAGGCCUCCAUCAACUCUACCCAGACCCCAGCAAGUCGGGAAACAACAAAUUCAGUGUAGAGAUUAUCGCGAUACCCGGACUGGGUGCUGAUGCUAACUAUACAUGGAUUCGAGAGAAAGUUCAUUGGCUACGAGAUGAAAAUAUGUUGGCAAACAAAGUAUCCAACGCCCGCAUCAGCGUCAUGGAAUACGCGUCGCAGUGGUUUGGUAAAGGUGCGGUUGAUCACAGAGUCGACGAGGUAGCUAUGAAGUUACUGCACUAUGUCAGAGAGAGGCGAGGCGACAACAACAAGACCCCCAUCAUCUUCCUGGCUCACUGUCUCGGUGGCAUCAUACUUGAAGAGGCUCUUCGACUUUCGCAAAAGUUACAGAGUGAUUUUCCGAGUAUAUUUCCGUAUAUUGUUGGUUGCGUAUUUCUCGGGACGCCUUUCCGCGGGACCAAAGUCCAAAGCAAAGCAUUGGCGGUCGCUAAAAUGACUGAAGUCUUCGGCUUGGGCGUAGCAUCUGAGCUGCUCAAGGUAUUGGAAGAGGACUCGGACCUUUUGAUGAGGAUGCUCAAUGACUUUGUGCGUUUGACCAAUGAAGCCGACAUCCGGGUAUUCUGCUUCUACGAGAAGAUCAAAAGCAACAUUGUCUCGCCUUUCACAAAGAAUGCUUUGGUCAAGCGACAAGAAAUGAUCGUCGAUGAAGCACACGCGACAUUUCCAGGUGUGAGAAGGCUCGACUUGGAUUCAGAUCAUUUCAGUCUGAACAAAUACAACGGGCCUAAAGAUGCGAAUUUCGACUUGGUCGCAGCACAGAUCAGAGAUAUUGCCAGUCGGGCGACCCGUAUCAUCAAAUCGCGCGAGAAUGCCGCUUCAAAGAAGCUCGUGAACGAGUCUCAAUACCGCCAAUUGCUGGAUUUUCUUCGCGACAAUAUGUCUAACAUGGACGCUGCAAUCAAAGGUCUCGACCGGCCUAAGACCCUGGAAGAUGUGGAGGCUACAGCCAAAGCAACGCAAUUGGACAUCAAAGAUACAGCCAACGCUGCGCAGGCGAGCAUCAAAACUAGCAACCUUUCAUGGAUUGCAGAGGAUGAAUCCUUCGGAAAAUGGAGAAAAUCGCAGAUCUCACAAUUGCUCUGGAUUCACGGUGCCACUGUUCAGAAAAGUAUCGCAGCCUCGGUCAUUGACGAUCUUGCAAAAAUGGAAGGUGGAAAGACAGGCGAACAGGACUCUAUCGUGCUUUCGUUUUUCUGCGAUGAAUCGGAUGAGUCCAGAAGGAGUCUACCAAGUAUGCUGAAGCUGCUGAUCCGUCAGAUCAUCGCCAUGGAUCCCGAUUCGGCUGUGCAUUUACUCUCAGACGCCAAAAAUUCGAAGAAAUCUGGGAAUCAAGAUUUUGACAAGGACGCGUUGAGCAAAACAUCAAAAUUAUGGGAAACUCUGCAGAUCAUGAUCCAACAACAUCCAGGCCGUUUCUAUAUUGUGAUCUAUGGUGUGGAUGAGCUUUCGGAGGAAUCACUCCAGCAAUUUCUUGGAUAUAUGGAUGAUGUACCAGGCAAAACCCAGCAAUCGGAUGAUGACGAUAGUAGUGCGCCUAAGAUCAAGUGGACUCUACUCACUCGACUAAAACGGCCGAACGUAAUCACAACCCUCGCAGGCAAGGCGCAUGAUAUCGAUUUUGCCGACGAGAAGAACGCCGAAAAGGUCAGCGAUGGGCUCUGGUCUCACAUAUCGUCGCAGGUCGAUAAACUCGAAAUUGCGGCUCCUCUAAAGUACUUCUUAAAACGCCACAUCCACUCGCGAGCCGAAGGAAACGGAACUUAUGUGAGUCUGGUCAUUCAAGAAGUGAAGAACAAGCUUGCAAUGGGCCAAGUGCAACAUGCUGAAAUUCGCGCACUUCUUGAAUCAUUCCCAUAUGGUCUGACAAACAUAUACGAGCACAUCCAUAAACGAGUUUUGGCACCGAAAUCAGAUGGUCUUGAGUACACGAAGGAGAUUCUCCGUUGUCUGGCUCUUGCACAGCGAGCACCUACUCUGCGCGAACUGGCUGUGAUGGCAGAUUUACCCCGCGACGACCAUGACGACCUGGAGGCCUUAAAAAGAUAUGUCAUUCAAUGUGGAUCUUUCAUUAUGCUGCGUGGAGACGACUACGACGAGGAUUCGAUGACUGUUGAAUGGAUUGACAGCACUGCGCGAGAACAUUUAGAAAAGUAUGCCAAGGAUGCAUUGGCGAUGGACUUAAAGAAGAUGCAGCAUGGGAUUAUCGCUUUGCGAUGCCUACAGUAUGUUUAUACAAAUUACGAUAAAGCCAACCAAACAGACGACAAUCACAGUGUUGCAGACGAUGACGAAGAGGAUGAUCUUGUGGAGAAUGGUGGCAAUGCCACAGACGACGAGCAAGAAGGAGGUCCCGAGGGCGAGAACGAAAAUCAUGAAGAAGGAUCGGCGAACAACCAAGAAGAUAAUGAAGAAGAAGAUAAUUGGAAUACUGCUUUGAGAUACCCCGUCGAAAACUGGCUUCACCACGCGAAACUCGCCGACACGGAUGUUAUUGUGGAAUUCGAAACCUCUCUUCCCUUCUGGGAAAACCACUCCUCGAUCCGUCAAUCUUGGUGGGAUGACAACUCGUCAUUACAUAUGUUUAGCGAUCAAACGAAUGUGACAGCUUUACAAGUUGCCACUAUCGCGAAUUACCCGGCCUUGGUAGAGUACCUAAUCAAAAAUGGGUGGAAGGACGAGAUACACCAGGAAGAUUCGCUAGGCUUCCAACCACUAUACGCAGCAUGCCACGUUGGUAGUGACGAGAUCGUGCAGCAACUUUUAGAUGCAGGUGCUGAUAUUCACUACAUUGGCGCCACUGCAGAGUACCCAGUCACCGCGCUGACUGGUGCCGCUGAGAAUGGCCAUGCGAAAAUUGCGCAGACUUUGCUUGACAGAGGCGCAGACAUUAACACAACUUCUGACGAUUGGGGGACUCCUCUUUAUACUGCUUGCGAUUAUGACUUUAUUGAAGUCAUCCGACUUCUGCUCAAGAACAAGGCUGACCCUAAUCUGAGGGGAGGAGACGAGAAGAGACCUAUCAAUGUUGCCGCAUUGAACGGUAAUGUAGAAGCUGUUCAACUUCUUCUCGAUAAUGGCGCAGACGGAGAGUCAGAUGAAGAUUACUGGUAUGGGUCGGCUAUGGGUGCAGCAUCAAGACGGGGUCAUGCAGAGGUUGUCAAGCUUCUCCUGUCCAAAGGGUACAAUCCAACCAAACCUAUGGAGAACUACGGAUCAUUCUUGACCUGUGCUGCGACAUACGGGCACACCAAGGUGGUUGAGCUACUGAUCACCGAUGAAACCCGGAUACAAGUACUAGAGCAAGCAUUAGUUGCCGCCUCGCAAAAUGGUAAAGCAGAAGUGGUUAAGUUAAUACUCGAGAACAAGCCCAACAUCCGACAUGAAAGAGCAUUUGUACUUGCUGCUACUUAUGGCAGGGACACGGUUCUCGAACUUCUCAUUGAGAAGGAUCUAAGCCAAGACAAAUUGAAUGAGGCACUCUAUGUUGCCGCUGAUCAUGAGCGAGAAUCGACCGUGAAGUUACUUUUACGUUUCGGAGCAAGUCCUGAUGCGGAAGGACCAACAUAUGGUUGCACCUUAACUGCGAGUGCCUACGAUGGAACGACGAGGAUUAUGGAAGCGCUGAUUGCUGCCGGUGCCAAUGUGAACAAAGAAGGGGGCGACUAUGGAUCACCUUUACAGGCUGCUGCGCUGUUCGGUAACUCUGAAAACGUCAAGCUUUUGCUUGACCAUGGUGCUGUGCUAAACACACAUCCUCUUGGAAUUUACGGAUACCCAUUGCAAGCUGCCGCCGAAACACAGAACAUCGAGACGGUUGAACUACUAUUGGCAAACCAUGCCGAUGUGAACGCUUUCGGUGGAAAGUACGGGUAUGCGCUAUGCGCUGCGGCGACACAUAGCGAGACAAUGACGGUCCUUCUGGAGCAUGGGGCUGAUCCCAAUGUCAGAGGCGGCGAAGACAAUAAGCCAGUCAUUGUCAUAGCGGCAGAGAAUCUUGGAACUGAAGAUUUGGAGUUGCUUCUGUCGAAGGGCGCAGACAUCGAUGCGACUUGCGAUAAGGGCUCCACUGCUUUGAUGCAAUGUGCUUUGAUGUGGGAUGAUGUUGGUCUCCAACUCUUGAUCUCCCGGGGCGCUAACAUUCACCUGUCAAGUGAAAGAUGGGGGACUGCACUUCAUGCUUCAGCUGAAGAGGGUUACGAUGAGGGCUGCAAGAUACUGUUAGACGCUGGGGCAGAUGCUACCGCUGUAGGCGGUCAGUUUGGCACACCGCUCGCGGCCGCAGCGAAAGCGGGAGACGACGAUUCAUUGAAAAUGCUACUAGAGGCAGAUCACGAGGAUAUCUGUAUCAACAUGAUUAUUGGGGAAUACGGCACGGCCCUACAAACAGCUUGCGCUUUUGAUCAUGAAGACAUUGUCCAAAUGCUUAUAGAUCAUGGCGCCAUCGUCGAUCCGCAACCCGCAAACGGCAAAUAUGGGUACCCACUGCAUGCAGCUGCACAGUCUGGAGAGACUAGCAUCGUCAACAUACUCCUCGAACAAGGCGCAGAUGUUAACCUGGAGGGUGGUAUGCACGGUUACGCUAUCAUUGCUGCCGCUUCUGGGAACUGGUCUAAUAACGCCUCAGAGAUAGUGGAAACCCUUCUGGAUCAUGGAGCCGAGAUAUCUGCGAUUCCUCAGCAAGGCAUUUUCUGCUCGGCUGUAUCUGCCGCUGCUUUCUCGUACCACAACGAUGUCCUGGAGCUACUCAUCUCGCGGGGAGCUAACGUUCAUCAAACAGGUGGAAAGUACGGUAGCCCGCUGAUUUGCGCUAUGAUCAAGGCCAGUGAUUCAUCCGAUGAAACAGAGACUGAAGAAACCAAGACCAAGACAUGCGUUGAUACACUUUUGCACCAUGGGGUCGAUGUGAACUAUCGAUCGGAUGGCAAGUAUCACACCGCGAUGAUAGCUGCCUGUUACUUUGAUCGUUACGACCACGUCAUGAAACUGCUCAGCCAUGGCGCAGACUUCCGGAUACGUUGUCAAGGUGGUCGUUACACGAGCGCAGUCGCCGUAGCCGCCAUCAAAAACCACUCGAAGAUCCUCAAAGCUUUGCUUGAGAUGAAUCCACCAGAGCAACUACUCGACGAAGCCUUGGUUGAGUCUGUAGCGCAUCGACAAUUUGCAAGUGUCAAGUCACUGCUACAGAACAAAGCAAAUGUCCACGCUCGCCAUCCUAUGUUUGGUACAGCUAUGGAUGCACUCAACAAUCCUCAAGCGGAUGGAUACAAUUCUGAUGAUGAACUGGGCUCAGAUGAUGCCAAUGGUAAAGACGAAGAGGAAGAUGAUGACGGAGAAACCGAAUGGGAAGGUGACGGAGCAUCAAUCCAGGAUGACAGUGACAAUGAGAGUGUAGCAGAUGUCCCAGAAGAAGAGGGUGAUUCGGAAGAAAACAAGAUAAGAAAGCUCCUCGAGGACAUGAUGCAACGAGUCAAACGGAAUCCAACGGUGAAACGAUUCAAUACCACGAAACGACGUGGUCCUCCAGGCAGGCCUAACCCAUAUCAGCAACCGUCGUAUGGUGCACCUGGUCAGCAAUAUCACGCUUCGGAACCUACAAGCAACGGGCAUCAGUAUGGACAACCACCCCCUGGCCCACCACCACCACACUUGAUGCAAUCAUACCCCCCAGUCCCUCCGCUACCAAGCGGGGUUGUGCAGACCAGCAGCGUUCCCACUUCCACUUCACCAUACAACGCCUACCCUCCUUCGCAAAACACGCCUCCUAAAACAUACUCACCCUCGAACCGCGUCGGAUCCGGCUCAUUGCAAAGAAAACCAGUGCCUUCUGCAUAUCCACCACCACCCACUCCUCCCUCUCAACAGCAACUGCAGUCUUCUACUGCUCAAACAGAAAGCCCACCUCCGCUUCCCCAACGUCCUACUUCCCAAUCUCCAUCCCUCAUGAACCCCGGGGCAAGUGGACGAUACCAGCAACGUCAGUCAAGCUACGGUCCUCCACGACCAUCUGAGCAUGUGCAACAAUCAUACAAUCGCUACAGUACUCCACCAGGUCAACAAUCGUACACACCCCCUAGUUCCCAACCAGCGUAUAAUACACCAUCUCAGCAGUACAACGCCGCUACCGCCGCCCCUCCACAACAGCAACAAUACCAUAACAACGGAUCACCAACCCCUCAGUCAAAUGCGUACCCACCAUCCCAGAAUCCUUACCAACAAUACCCGCCGUCCUCAGCUCAUGCACCACAGCAGAACACCUACCCACCCCCAACUCAACCACACUAUCAACCCUUCGCUCCCCAGCAUCAGCCCUCCCAACCACCACCACAGCAACAACACUACGCCCCUUACACUCAACAGGACCCGAACAACCCUGCGCGAACUUCAAUCUCCUCGCAGGCUUCGGCACAGACGUAUCAGUCUAGCAGCGGGAGUACCUUGUAUGGCUCUGGAAGUGUAGGAGCAGGUGCCGGAGGGAUGUAUAGUUCGCCGAAUUCGAGCCAGGCGAGCAGCUUCCAGUCGCCAGCGCAGAGACCAGGAGUAGCGGGGAGGAAGUGGACGAACGGAGGGUAUGAUGGGGCGGGCUACGGAUGA